AUGUUGAUUCGGGCUCUUGCAGGAGAAGUGGGUAUGAGCAGUGAAUUGGAUGACGUAGCCCGGUCACUGUUCAAUGGAAUGAUUCCGUCCAUCUGGCGACGCCUUGCCCCAGACACACUUAAGUCUCUGGCUAAUUGGAUGGUGCACUUUGAUAAACGUUUUAAACAGUACCAAGCUUGGGUUAACGAAGGGGAACCAAUUGUAAUGUGGUUGUCUGGCCUGCACAUCCCUGAGUCCUUCCUAACAGCAUUAGUGCAAGCUACUUGCCGUAAGAAUUCCUGGCCCCUGGACAAAUCAACAUUAUUUACAACAGUCACUCAUUACCAGUCAGCUGAUGAUGUUGUUGAAAGACCUCAUUCAGGUUGUUAUAUACAUGGCCUUUACUUAGAAGGAGCCGCAUGGGACAGAAAGAACAGUUGUCUAAUCCGACAGAAACCUAAGCAACUUGUACAAGAACUGCCUGUGUUGAAGAUAAAUCCCAUUGAAAGUCGACGUCUCAAGUUACAGAAUACUCUACGGACUCCUGUCUAUGUAACAUCUCAGCGACGUAAUGCAAUGGGAGUUGGUCUUGUAUUUGAAGCAGAUUUAUCGACCACUGAUCACAUCAGUCACUGGGUGCUUCAAGGAGUUUGCCUUACACUCAAUACAGAUUAA